AUGGCCCUCAGAGCUCAGUUCGAGAAUUCAAAUGAAGUCGGUGUUUUUGCGACGCUUACAAAUUCGUAUGCGCUCGUCGCUACAGGAGGAUCGAUGAACUUCUAUAGUGUUUUCGAGGCUGAAUUGGCGGAUAUCAUUCCUAUAUGCCACACCACCAUCGCCGGAACCAGAAUUGUUGGAAGAUUGACCGCUGGAAACCGAAAAGGACUCUUAGUUCCCACUUCAACAACUGAUCAGGAGCUGCAGCAUCUCAGGAACUCAAUUCCCGAGACAGUGAAAAUUCAGCGUAUCGAGGAACGGUUAUCAGCGCUUGGAAACGUUAUCUGUUGUAACGACCACGUCGCCUUGGUCCAUCCCGACAUUGAGCGCGAGACAGAGGAGAUCAUUGCGGAUAUCUUGGGAGUUGAGGUCUUCAGACAGACUAUCUCCGAGAAUGUCCUUGUCGGUUCUUACUGUUCCCUCUCCAACCAGGGCGGUAUCGUCCACCCUAAGACCUCAAUAGAAGAUCAAGACGAGCUUUCAUCGCUUCUUCAAGUCCCCCUAGUCGCCGGUAGUGUUAACCGCGGUUCCCCCGUCGUCGGCGCAGGAAUGGUUGUCAACGACUGGAUGGCUGUUACUGGACUUGACACCACUGCGACAGAACUGUCAGUUGUGGAAAGUGUCUUCAAGCUCGGAGAGGGCAUGGGACCUGGGAAUGUUCAAGGAUCACUGAGAGAUACUAUGGUGGAGACAUUUUAUUAA